AUGAGGUCCGAAAUUUCGGCUGGAAGCGGGGCAGUGCUUGCCCGAGCGGCUGCUGUGGUGCAAUCCGGCGUUCUCGGGCUCGCGACCUGGCGAGUGGAUCACUUUAUUAGGCCGACGCCGGCCACUCACCAAUUCAUUCUUUCAUCCAUCUACAAGCGCGAAGAGUUCGAACUACUCCACCACAGCCUCAAUUCCGUGGCCAAGAGAGGGCCUAACUACCGCUACCCCAUCAAGAUAAGCACACCAAGUAGAAUGGCGGAGAAGACGCUGACGCGCGAUCUGCACACGUUCGAGAAGCUGGACGACCUCGACCACAGCAUCGCCAAGGAGCGCGAGCGGGGCAGCUUCCCGUGCUCCGCAGUUGACAAGAAGCCCCGCGACGGCGACGGCGACGAUGACAUGCGCUCGGCCGAUGUCGCCGCGGUCGAGCAGGCGGCGUGGCCGAUCAUGCGGAUGCUCGAGGAGACCACCAUCAACCGGGUCAUCGGCGACUACCAGAAGGACGUCAGGCUGGUCAAGGAGGACACCAAGCUCUCCGACGCGUUGAGCAUUCUGGCGCAGGAGCGCAUGCUAUCGCUGCCGGUUCAGGCCAAGGACUCGGUCGACGUCAUCGGCUUCGUGGACGUCCUCGACGUCCUCACUCACAUUGUGCGCCUCUGCUCCGAGGGCAAGACCCAUCCCGAAGCCGACGAAGCCUUUGAGAAUACCAUCAUGAUGUACCAGAAGGGCUUCAACUUUGCCAGCACCCCAGUGAGCGCCAUAAUAGAUUCAUCAUCGCGAGACCCGCUCGUGCCCGUGUACGGGCGUGGCACGCUGGCCCAACUCAUCGAGGAAGCCUUCUCGCGAGGCGUGCACAGAGUGCCGGUCUACAACAGAGCCAGCACAGUCGUCACCAACAUCAUCAGCCAGUCCGACAUCAUCAAGUUCAUUAUGGGCAAAAUGGACGAGGCCGGCAACCCGGAGGCGGUGCUGGGCUCGCUCAUGGGCAAGACGGUCGACGAGCUGCGGCUGGGCACCAAGCCCGUCGUCUCCAUGAGCGGCGACCUGCCGGCCUUCAAGGCCCUCCAAUUG